AUGCUGAUUAAAGUAAAGACGUUAACCGGUAAAGAAGUCGAAUUGGAUAUUGAACCCAGUGAUAAAGUCGAGAGAAUUAAGGAAAAGGUAACAGUCUUUGUCAUUUUUCAUGUUCUUGGUUUAGGUUGAAGAGAAAGAAGGGAUUCCACCACCUCAACAACGUCUUAUUUUUGCUGGAAAACAGAUGUUGGACGAGAAGACGGCUCUAGAUUACAAAGUAGGUUUGUGAUAUUAAUGUAGAUGGUUAUACUUUGCUGGCUUUCUCGCCAAACAGGUGAUUUUGCCUUCUAUUACAUUUUGAAAGCUUUAUGAAAGUUCAGGAGACGGUAUAAGUAUUAACUUUUUGCUUUUUAUGAUUUUACAGCUAAUAGUUACUAUAAUUAAACUUUAGAUCAUCGGUGGCAGCGUUGUUCAUCUUGUGUUGGCUCUACGUGGUGGCAGAUAA